AAAGAGCAGCGCAGGCUUCAAGAAAUUUGACCCAGCAAGUCCUCCUUGUUUUUUACUUAAACUAGUUCACAAAGACUUGUUUUUGCAGGUAAACUGUUGGCAUAAAUACUUAAGAGUUUAACGCAUAAACGGAUAACUAUUACAGGCUGCGAUGGCGUCGCCGCUGGAGAUGACAGAGAUGUACGACAACGCUCUGCUGGGGAUUCUGCAGCAUGUGGGAAACAUACAGGACUUUCUACAGGUCUACUUUGGCUUUUUGUACCGCAAGACGGACUUUUAUCGCCUGUUGUCAAGUCCUAAUGACAAGAUGGGCUUUCCUCCUGGAGUGGCGGAGAAGAUGGUUCUUAAGACAUUUAAGUUGUUUGAGAAAGUGGCAGAGCACGACAGGGAGCGACAGGUGAUUGAGUGGCAGCAGAGAGAGGAGAGUAGAUCUGUUCCCCCGGCAGUUCAGGAGCUGGAAGUCAUGUCUGAGCCUCAAGAGGAAACCAAAGAGCAGAGGACAUCAGAGGAUGCCCAGAUGGAAACCUCCCCCUUGGACGGUGGGGCCGCUUCACGUCCUGCCCCGUCAGAACCGGCAGACAAGCCUCAGUCCAGCAGCAGCACAGACCAGUUACCUCAGGCAGACCAGGCAGCCACUGCCAACACCAAAGAGAGUCAGAAAGCAUUUCAGUCUGACCCUGACAGUUACAAUGGAGCGGUGAGAGAGAACUACAGCUGGUCUCAGGACUACACUGAUGUGGAGGUCCGUGUGUUUGUACCAAAGGCAGUUGUUAAGGGUCGACAGGUGACGGUGAGCCUACAGACCAGCAGCGUACGAGUGUGUGUGAGGGACGGCGUAGAGGAAAAAACACUGAUGGAGGGAGAAUUCACACAUAAGAUCAACACUGAGAACUCUCUGUGGAGCCUGGAACCAGGAGACUGUGUAGUUCUGUCACUCAAUAAGACCUCCGAGGUUUGGUGGAACGCGGUGCUGAAAGGAGAAAAAGAGAUUGAUAUUAACCAGAUUAAUCGGGAGCGCUCCAUGGCAACAGUUGAUGAGGAGGAGCACGCUGUUUUGGACAGACUCACCUUCGACUACCAUCAGAAGCAGCAGGGCAAGCCACAGAGUCAUGAAAUGAAAGUGCAUGAAAUGCUGAAGAAGGGCUGGGACGCUGAAGGCUCGCCGUUCAAAGGGCAGCAGUUCGACCCCUCCAUGUUCGACAUCCCCCCCAGCGCGGUGCAGUUCUGAGGUGCCUCCACCUCACAGCCAAAUGCGAACUGAAUUCUAGUUUACACGUUAUCGGCUGUAGUACAGUCAAACCAGUCCGACUCCAACCGGGGCAAGAGACGUGACGCUGAGAGGUUGGGUUUGAGUAGAGUUUGAUGAAAGGAUUCUGAUGAGGACAUGUCAUUACAAAUUAUGUGACGUUCUGGAAGUAUGAAAUUGGUUAGGUACUUCUACGUCGGUAACUGCUUUGGUCUUUAUUUAAAAAAUUUACAGUGCCUAAGUUUGUGUUGGCCCUACUGAAUGAGUCGUCUAUCAUCAUUUUUUCAUGUUUAUUGUCAGUUUAGUUGACAAAACACGUGAAUCAAACCAAUUAAAUGUAAUAACAUACUGUAGUCUUUAAUCUACUCUCAUCCGUGCAAACAUUUUCUUUCGCCCAGUAUCUACUUUGAUAUUUUGUUUUGUCAUCUAUAUUUAUAGGAAAGAGAUGUCAAUUUCUGCAGUUAUAUCACUGGUUCUGCCACCACAUGCUGCUUUUAACUCCUGAAAAUAAAUAUUGAAUCCAGCAGCAAUGGAUCAGUAUGACAUGUUCAUGAAAAAUCAGUGUAUUAAAACUGUAAAGCUAAACUAUUAUAAAACACAAUCAUUAGCCAAACAUUAAAUAUUUAUUAAAAUAUUCAUGUUUAUUUAUGUGUUUGAUGAUCAUUAAUAAGAUAAGUUAAAUUUGCGGCUGGAUACUAUAUUAUCUCUGCCAAGGAGGUGGUAUAUUUACUGGAAAUUGUAAAAAACUUAGAUCACAUUUUGUUAGAACUUGGUCAAAAGUCAAUAUUCACCCGCUGUUAACAACAGGUGAAGUUUUAAGAACUCAUAUCUUGGUCAAAACUCAAGCGAUUUGAUUCUAAACAACCACACAGACAUGUUGUGUCAACACCCAGGGUCACAGUGGAUGAAGUUGUUCAUGUACUGAGUGAAAACCUUUGGACUGUUGUUGAGAUUCUAAAAUAAAAUCUUGAAUGAAUUUGCAUAA